AUGGCUUCUGCUUCCUUACUCAACCCGUUGACUCGUUUUCCUCGUGCUGCAACUCAGCACAUCUUGGCCUUAACCACCAACCCUGCCAUGUCACUGAGAUUUGGUAAAAGCCGCUGUGCGAGACAACUCACGACGAGUGUCUCUUCAUCUUUCAACGUUGUUUGCAAUGACGACUCUUUUGAACCCCAAAUCAAAAUUGAGGGUCUCAACAUUGCUGAAGAUGCUUCCCAGCUGGUAGGGAAAACGCCCAUGGUUUACCUGAACAAAAUCGUGAAGGGGUCUUCGGCCAAUAUUGCUGCAAAACUUGAGAUGAUGCAGCCGUGUUGUAGUGUCAAGGACAGGAUAGGUUACAGCAUGAUAAAUGAUGCCGAGGAAAGAGGAAUUAUAACACCCGGAAAGACUACUUUAGCGGAACCUACUGGCGGGAACGCAGGAAUUGGUCUUGCCUUUAUUGCAGCUUGUAGAGGAUAUAAACUCAUUUGCACAAUGCCUGAGUACAUGAAUUUAGAAAGGCGAGUUAUUUUGAAAGCAUUUGGGGCUGAGGUUGUUUUGACUGAUCCAGCAAGGGGCAUGACUGCAGCAGUUCAAAAAGCUGAAGAAAUUUUAAGAACUACCCCCAAUUCACACAUGCUUCAACAAUUUAAUAAUCCUUCAAAUCCUAAGAUACAUUAUGAGACAACUGGCCCAGAGAUAUGGGAAGAUACAAGAGGCAAGGUAGAUAUUUUAGUUGCAGGAAUUGGAACUGGUGGAACUAUUUCUGGAGCUGGUCAAUUCCUAAAACAACAAAAUUCGAAAAUACAGGUUAUUGGUGUAGAGCCUCUAGAAAGCAACAUACUUUCGGGUGGAACAGCACAACCUCACGGAAUUCCGGGUCUGGGAGCUGGUUUUGUACCCAACACUUUGAAUCAAGAUGUGCUUGAUGAAGUUAUAGCGAUAUCAACUGAUGAAUCUGUUGAAACUGCAAAGCAAAUAGCACGAAAGGAAGGCUUGCUGGUGGGAAUCUCUUCAGGAACUGCUGCUGCUGCUGCAUUGAGGGUUGGAAAGAGACCUGAGAAUGCAGGGAAGCUUAUUGCGGUUAUCUUCCCAAGCUUUGGUGAAAGAUAUUUGUCCACUGUUCUUUUUCAGUCAAUUUGGGAAGAAUGUAAGAAGAUGCAAGUUGAGCCAUGA